AUGACCUCGACAUUCGCCAUCUGUGAAGAUGUCGGAAAGUAUUGGGUCGCCAACAACAUGCCGGAAAAGAUCAUUAAUACCGCAAGCCUCGCGUCUUUCAUCGGUAACGUCAGAAUCGUGCGGUAUGCUAUGAGCCAAGGAGGCGUUGCACAACUCACCAAAGCUUUGAACAAUGAAUGGGCAGCGAAGGAAAUCAAUGUGAAUGCCAUUGCUCCGGGCCAUGUCUUGCCCGUCUGCCACUUUGAUUGCCUUGCCUCGCAGCUUACCGAACCUACCUGCAUAGCGGGUCGAUGGGGCACGCCAGAAGACUUCAAAGGCUCGUCGGUGUUUCUAACCAGCUCUGCAAGUGAUUACAUCCACGGGCAAAUAUUGCUGGUCAGUAUCUGGGACUUGUUAUUCAUCGUGUAUGACUGUAUUCAAACAGGACGCUGUAGCUGGAUGGGGGAUUUAUAG